CACUCGGCGCAAACUGUAGAUUUCAGUUCAUUGUAAAUCAGCAAAUCAAGAACAGUGUAUAAUCAUUUAUUGAAUAAGAUUGAUAAGUUCCACGAUCGAAGAGAAAAUCAAUUCACAAGAUAUUCAUCUAACGAUAUCGUAUACUAGAAGCAAUUAUUUCAACAGUGCAAAAACUUAAGUGGAAGCCGAUAAAAAUUUAUUGUCAACUACACAAUGGAAUUCGUCAAAUUGAUAUUCGACAACAUGGACACGAUUAUAAAAAGCGCAAUAACUGGUGUUGUAAUUGAGGCUCUCAUAAUAGGAUAUAAAACUUAUAAAAAACGAGCAUCCGUUGGCAAUGUUGACAAUCCCAAUAAUGUGCAAUGGAAAAAAAUUGGUAGAGUAGAUGAUUUGAUAAUAUAUCCAGUGAAAUCAAGUGCGCAACCAGUGCGUUAUGAUUCAUUUGCAUUUUGUGAUUAUGGAAUGUGUAGACAGGAAUACGGAACAUAUUUUUGGGACGGAAUGUUCUUACUGUACAACAAAACAAAAGAUAAAUUUGAAGAUAGCCAAAGAUACCGUUUUCUACAAUCAGUGACAGCGAAUCUGACAAAUACUGGCGAAGUAACAUUAAGCAGCCACAGAGUGCUCAAUAAAGUAAAAUUGGAUAUAGAUCGAUAUCGCAAUCCUUCCAAUCGUUUUGUGAAGGAGACAUGGAAUGGAACUUCGGAAACGAUUUAUGGUUCGGAUCUACACGUUAAUACAUGGUUGAAAGAAGUGCUAAAUACUAACGAGAUUGUCGAGCCUAACGAGUUUAACAAGGCUAAUGUGGAUAUAACUUUGGCGCAAAUGCUUCCACAAAAUUGGAACUCUACACAAAGGAUAAAAGAAAAUUUGUAUCGCUUUCGUCAAGGGUACGAAGAUAUGAAAUUUGAAAAGAAAACGGGAAAAUUUAUAACUUUACCACGUUUUGUACUAAUGACAUCAAAGACAUUUGUAAAGUUAGAUACAAGACAUAGUUUUUUAACGCCAAAUAUUAUCAUUGAGACUGGCAAAUUGAUAAAUCCUUUUGAAGAGAAAAAUUGGAAGUGGAUAAAAAUUGGCGAUGAAAUAAUUCUUAGAAAUGUGAAACCAGUUCCGAGGCGUCCAUCUGAAGAAGAAUUCAAACAUUUCGGAAUUUAUUGCGCAUUAUGGACUGGCGGAAACGUAAAAUUAUACGAUAAAGUAUAUAUUGAUUCUGAGUCUUUUCAUUCUGAUGUAUAAUAUUCUAAUCAUAAUACAUUUAACAUUUGAUCUAUUUAAUUUUAGAUUGAUAGAAC